AUGGAGACGAUUGCAAGAAUUCUUCUUGGGCUUGCCCUGGCAUGCUUCGCCAACGCCCUCAACCAUGAUCCUGUGGAACGAUCAAGCCCAACUCCCCCAACACCACCAUGGCGAGGCUCCGCCGUCCUCUCCUACGACUCCUCCUACGAAACUCCCACCCCCUCCAUCGACGAAUACUCCUCUCCAGACCCCUAUUCAUUCGAAGAGACGUGGUAUCCGCCGUCCAGCAUCAUCGAGCCAUCGACGACGCCUCGUCCCCAGUAUUCAGCCAUUGUAACUGUUCGAACCACGACAUGGGUCAUCUCUCGCUCGACGACAAUCACGAGUGUAAUUCUCGAAACAUAUUAUUCGACUCUAACAGACUUCGAAAGCUCGGAUGAGGGGGGAAUGGCGACGCAGACGGAGAUAGAGCCGGAUCCAUCCGCCUCGGCUCCGUGUGCGGCCGCGUCUGGCAACCCUUCGGGGUACGGGAACGAAUGCUCGUCUUCGUCUUCGUCAUCGUCGACUUCACCGUCUGUUGGAGCCAUGACGACGAUAACAUGGUCGCCUGAAGUAACCGCCUAUCCUCCGCCGUCAGUCUCAAGCGAAGGUGGCGCAAGCCCAGCCUCGACAUCAGCAACAUCAUCAGCGUCAUCAACAACAGCAACAGAAGGAGGGUCCGAAACUCCACCAGUGGUAACAGGAGCAGCAGCAUCUCCUCUCCGGAACGCAGACACACGCGCCUUGGGUGCCGUAGCCGCACUGCUUGCCAUCCUGGCCUAA